AUGUUUUUUAUUUUUUCGUUAAUAGGAGUUUUUGGAUUAAAUUUAAAAGAUCAUUCCGAAUUUUUAUAGUAUGCUUUUUUCGGGUUUAUUUUAGAUUUUUUUUUUUAAUUAAAUACAGGAAUUGUAAAAAAAGGGGAAGUUUUAAAUAACCGUAAAGAAAUAGCCUUUAAUUAUUUCAAAAAUUAUUUCUUUUAAGAUACAAUAGCUAUUAUUUCUUUAGUCUAAAUUCUUUAUUUUUACAAUAAAUAAAAUUAAAUUUUAAAUAUAAUUUCUUAUAUUUUCUUAUAUUUAAAAAUUUCUAUAUUGAGAAGUAUACUUGAACGUCUUGAAUAACUUUUAGCCCUUUUAAAUAAAUACGAAAGUUUAAUAGAUCUUAUAAGACUAUUAUUCACUAUAGGUACUAUUUGCCAUGUUUUCUGUCUUUUAUGGUACGGUUUAGCCGUAUAUGAAAUCCAAAUUUUAAAAAGGGAUGAUACGUGGCUUAACUCAAAAAAUCUGAUAGGCUAAGAUAUUUAUACUAAAUAUAUUUAUUCUUUUUAUUAUAUUGCUGUUACUAUGAUUACAGUCGGAUAUGGAGAUAUAACUCCUUAGAAUUAAAUAGAGUGUACUUUUACAGUUAUUACUAUGUUUUUUACAGGAGUUGUAUAUGCAUAUUCUUUGAACUGUAUAGGAAAUAUACUUUAGAAUAUAAAUGAAGAAUAUAAGGACCUUAAAAAUGAUAUAAAAGCAAUGCACAAGCUAAUGUCCGAUUCAGGUGUCUAAUAAAGUUUAAGAGUAAAAAUAAUUAAUUAUUUGGAAUAUUUAUAUAAGGAAUCAAAUUAGAAAAAAAACAUAAGGAAGAUGAAAUUAUAGCCAAAUUAUCUAAAUAACUCUAAAAUCAACUAAGCGAAGAAAUAUAAGGAAAAAUUUUACAAGAAAUCCCUUUAAUAAAAGAGUUUAUUAAAAAAUAAAGUCUUUAACUAAUAUUAAAUAAAAUGGAAGAAUGUCUUUAUUCUCCUGGCGAAACAAUUUAUAAAGAAACUGACAUAGAUGAUUAGUCUAUAUAUUAUAUUUUAAAAGGACAAGUAGUUCUCUAAAUAGAAAAUAAAAAGAAAUCCAAACUCCACAUAUUAGAAAAGAAGGAAUGUUUUGGUGAAUACUCAUUCUUGA